GAAAACACAAACAUUGAAACUACAUUUACCUUUAUCCAUCACAUGUCAUGGAUUCUAUUAACGAAAUGCUACUAAAAUAUCCCCAACUCAUGUAUGCUGGAGUCGGUGCAACGGCCUUUGUCACAGGAGGUGCACUGAUUUACAAAAUUGUGACCAGGAAGAAACCAACACACGUGAUUGUGAAUUGCUGGUUCUGCAGUCAGGACACAGAGGUUCCCUAUGGGAACAGGAACUGCUGGGACUGUCCUUUCUGUGAACAGUACAAUGGCUUCCAAGAGAAUGGAGACUACAACAAACCUAUCCCAGCGCAGUACAUGGAGCAUCUUAACCAUGGUGUGUCUGCUGGAGGGCCAGAAAACCCAAAGACACUACAGUGGGUCAACUGCCAGAUGUUACUCUGCAAGAAGUGCAACAACAACCAGACACUGAAGAUUAAACAACUGGCAUCGUUCGUACCCAGAGAUGAUGAGAACUAUGAUGAGGAGAUUGAGGUGUACAAACAUCACCUUGAGCAGACAUACAAGUUGUGUCGACCCUGUCAGACUGCUGUGGAGUACUACAUCAAACAUCAGAACCGACAGCUACGGGCCCUGUUGUUCAACCACCAACUCAGACGCAGCCGGGACACUGACAAAGCCUUCAUGAAGAACACUCACUCACUCUCCACUCCAACCGGGGUCAUACUGCUACGCAUGCUGGCCUUCCUAGCAUGUGCUUUUCUGGUUGCCGUGGCAGUUAAUGGAUCUGGAGAUCUGUCUUCUCCUACCAUCACCACUCACAUCCUUAGCGGUGGAGUCUCACCACCAAAACAUGUCCCUCAGAAUGACAGUGCUGCUGAAGCCAACGGUACCAGCAAAGGUCUGGAAUUGUUGAAUGAUAUUUGGGAUCUUCUUCCAGAAGAAGCUGUAGAGAACAUGAAGAUCAUCUGGCAAUGUGGCAGCAACCACCAAAUGGCUGUGGCAUCUCUUGGCCUUUUGACAUGUGUCACUGGUGUCUUAUUGGCAGGACCCAUCAGGUUGCGGAGAAUUGAUGCUUUAGCCUCUGUCCUGUGGCUCCUGUUAGUAUGCCUUUACCUGGUCGAGUGCUACCUGAAGACUGAUGUCCCUGAUUGGCUUGACACGAUCAAAUUUGGCACUACGUCCCUAUGUUGCUUGGCUGGAUUUGCUGCUGCCAUAGCGACUCGUAAAUCCACAAGUCAGAGGAGAUCCAGAGGCCGCAGGUCAGAUUCUGAACAGUGAAAUUCAAACAUUUUAAAAGGAAAGGGCCCACAGAGUAUAGGAU